AUUCGUCAUCGGGUCAGGUGUCGUCCAUUUGACUUUUCCCGAAUAAUCGCGUCCCUCAGUCCAAGGAAAACGUUCAUCGCGAUACGAUCCAGGAUCCGAGAUCCAGAGCUUCGAGCGUCCCCUCGACCGUGUGAGAUGAGCAUUGUCUUAAACCGAAGAGAGAUUGCUAUUAUAACUGGAUAAACAGCGAACGGGAAAAAAAUCUAGAUAAUAACAAUGAAGCGUAACAGGCACGGUGCUUUGCUCUGGUUUUUCCUGCGCGUUCUCGCGAUUCGAUCUAUCCUCGCUAAAGAGUUGACGAUCGAUAUAGAUCUCGAGAAACCGGUCGCGAUCGCCGACGAGAAGUUCCUCAGCCUGACGAUCGAUCCUGCGACUUUGGUGCGUGGCGCAGCUCUCAGCAGCGACUUCGAAAGGAGCACGCGUCUAGCACACGCUCUGAGACCGGCCUACGUUCGCCUUGGAGGACCUCGCGGUACCCUCUACCGAUUCGGCAAAGAGGAUCCCCCGGACAACGAGAUCAAUCGUGGCCACUUGAUCUCCGAAUCCGAUUGGGCGUUGGUGUACCAGUGGGCGGAAAAAUCGGGGCUCGACGUGAUUGCUUGCAUUUCGGCUGAGAACGAUGAGAGACAAGGGAGCUCUCUGGAUGCCGAGGAAAUUGUUUCCUUCAGCGAUCAGAUGGGUUUCAAUGCGAGCUGGCAGCUGGGAUACGAAUGCCAGAACAGAUGCAACGCAUCGGCUGCGGAUCUAGCGAAACGGUUGGUGGUUCUGAGAGAAACUCUGAACGCGUUUCCCAGAUACGCGAACAGUAUGAUCGUCGGGCCAGAUAUCGUGGCCUAUGAAACCAGGAAGGAAAGACAGUACCUUCAGGAUUACUUCAAUGGCGCUGGCAAUGCACUCUCAGCUAUCACUUGGCACCCGAAAUUCGACUCUAUCAAUUCGGACAGCGAAGGGGUUCUGAUACAACCGGGCGAUUUGGAGAAAGAGAAGAAGGAUCUUUACAAGGUUAUCGGUCGGUUUAUGAAGAAUCGACCGCUGUGGAUUGCCGAAUCGAAGCCAGAAGAGUACAAGAGCCUGUAUCUCGGUGCCCUGUUGCUGGCUAGGCGAUUAGGCAAUGCAGCGAGAUCAAAUGUGGACGUAAUCAUGAGGCAACCUGAAGACCUGACUCAGCCGAGUCCAGAUUACUGGGUGUCCUUGCUCCACAAAACCCUCGUCGGCCGUCAGGUAUUCGACGGGCAUGUCGAAACCGACGAGAACAAUCACGUGUACCUCUACUAUCAAUGCACGAAAUCAUCGAGCAGAUACAAGCCGGGAUCCAUCACGAUUUUCGGGGUGAACUUCAACCCCGAAGACGUCGAGAUUCGUCUGAAAGGUGCUCCAGUCACCACGCUUCACGAGUAUCUACUCUCGCCUGGCUUCGACGCGACGAAUCGGAUGUUCUCCAGGAGCGUUCUACUGAACAAUGAAACGCUGGCCCUAUUAAACGACGACGUUCCCGAGAUGAAACCAAUCAUCUCGAGCAAUCCGGAGGGACUGGGAAUCAGCUUGCCCUCGGCUGGCGUCGGCUUCUGGGUCCUUCCCGACUUCAAGGUAAAAUCGUGCAUGGAACCUGAACUGUCGCAAGAUCCGAACCCCAUGGAAGACGCGGGUACCAUUCAAGACCAGCAAAUGAAAUCCCACGUGACAAGAUCCGUGGACAAGGAAACCUCGCAAAGGGACAGAAGGAGGUCCAGGGACAAACGAGGUCGUAGAUUAUUCGGAAAACGAAAGCCCAGCACCCAGAGACCUCCUCUGAAUUUCGACGACGACACGCAGAGUUUGCUGCAGAAGUACAAGAACGACAUCGCCGUCCUCGAACGCAUAGCCGGUUCGGGCAAGACCAGAACUGCGGUGAGAUUUGCGAUCAACGAGAUCCUGAGGAAAUCAAAGAACUUGAUACACGAGGUGGAACGCGCGACUUCUAGCCGCGCGGCGAAGGAGGCGCUGAAUACUCUGGGACUUCUGCUAACUCGCGUGCCCCUGUUCGAGAUGAACGUCGCCGGUUUUCAAAGGACGAAGAGGGCGAAGAGGGAGCUGUUCGAUGAGUCCUCGUUAGAGACGGAGAAUCCCCUGGGGAAAGGGUUCAGACAGAGCGACAUCAAAGAGCGUCGAAGUAGUCAGAAGAUCAAAAGAGAUUUCGUAGACGCGGUUCGGCCGAGAAUCUUCGAUCGAGGAGGCGACAGCGAGGACGACAGCUUCUACGGGUUCUUCGAGACCGAUCCUGUCGAAGGGUUCCCUACGGGAGACGUCUUCUUUGAGACUGAAAACUAUAAACGAAACUUCGGUGGAGGCAGCGGGAUCCAUCGAGAGGGAGAUCCUGCGCAGGAUUAUGGGGAUCCUGACGACAUCGUGGAGCCUUGGAUGGACGACGAAGGCGACUAUGAUUUCUACCAGCCAAGAGAAUACUUUGCCGGUGGAAGAAGUGGCGGAGUAGAGCCUGGCGAGCUCUGGGAGGACGAGGGAGCAGAUUAUGGUCGUCUGAAGAACGAAGAUUCGAAAAGACAAGGUGAUAGAGGCAGCCUGAGUAGACUCACCGGUUACUAUGAGGCCAGGCAACGAAGGAACUUUGGUAACAGACAACGGAGGACCUUGGAGCUCAAAGAUCCAGAAUUUUUGAUGCAGUUCAAAGACCCAGAAGUUCGAGGUGUGAGAAGGAUGAAGAGGAAAGGAUCGGACUUGGGAGCUAUUCUAGAUCAAGAGAUGAUCGAGGAGGACGAUGCAAAUUCGAAGGACUGCAACUGCAGGGUCAUCAGAGACACUGAUCCGUGUGUCCACAGACGGAAGCGAAACGUCGCCGAUACUGGAAGUAGCUUGGAGAUCGUGUCGGAGCAAGAUGAGACCACGGACAAUGAUGGGAUCGUCCCUGAGGAGGUGGAGGUAUUUUCUGAAUUAGAGGGUGAGCCUAUGGCGGUGCUGCGGGCGCAGUCCUCGAAGUUGAAGAUCGAAAGAGAAACAGUGCCAGAGGCAUUCCAAGUGGAGGAAUCUUUGAGCGAGCCAGAAGUUGUUUCGACGCGAAUUAGUGAACACGCUGAGUCUCAAGAAGGGUUAGAACCCCUCGAGGUCGAUGAUGAAGCGACAGCAGACUCUGCGUCGCUGUUGAACCACGAAGAGGACGAUUUAAAGUCGUCGAGAGCAGUCAAACGUGACAGAAAAGGACUUUUUCUCGGCGAAGAUGAGAAGACAGAGGAGAAGAAAGAGAUUGAUAAUCACGAGGCUGUUGAGAAGAGUGCUGCAAGCCAUGGAGAGACUUCUCCGACCGAGACGAUUAAUAACGACGAAGAAGCCUCGGGAACGAAAAUUCUUAGCGCGACAUUGGACCCAGUUGCCUUACACGAAGAGAACGUUACGCAGAGAACUGAGGACGAUGAUGAGGACGUCAAAGUUGCCAAAGGAAGCUCGAAGAGACAAGCUGACGACGACGCUCAGUCCGUGGUACUUGCGAACGCUGGAGAAGUACCCGAGAACGUCAAAGUUGGGUCGCCGAAAGCUCUAAGACCGAUUAAAAAGCGAUUAAGAAUUCCAAUCAGCGCGAGGGGAAAGAUAUCGAAGAUUCUGCCGUGGGAGAAGCGCGUGUUGGAUCGAGCUAGAGCCAUGCUGGCUCUGAAGAAGGUCGCGGACGAGAGAAAAAAGAGGAAACUCGAGGAAUCGGCUGUCACAGGAGACGCCCCGGCAAGGCUUCUCGAAUCUCAGAUUGAAAGGAUCAGGAAAAGGCUGAGAGAGAAUCAUCACAGGUGGCUGAGGCUGUUCCGCAGGAAGAAACUUGAAGAGCAUGGCGAACAUGGCAAGAGGCUCGGCAGGAGAGAAGCCUGGCAGACGAUCAAGGAUGACGAGGAUCUAAGAGACGCGAUGAUGAUGAUGCACGAGCCGAGGAGGAAGGAGAGAGCCAGUGAAACAGUGGACGAUGAUGAAGAUUUAUCUGCGAUGGAGGUCGGGAAGCCUCGCAACAUCCGCGAGAGGUUCUCCUUCCUGCCGAGGGAACGUCGAAUCAUUCGAGACUCCGAGAUCAUGGAGCAUUCUAAUCCUCGAGAAAUGCAGGAGGGAGUUAUUAGGUUGAAGGAUGUGCUGGAGAAGGCUGUCAGGGGACGCGUUAGUGACGACAGGAGGGAUGGUCAGUCUUAUUACGCCCUCGUCGAGAGCGUGGAGGAUCCACGAUUUUUCCAUUAUCCAGCUGGACUGCAAGAGGAAGAAGAUAAUAACGAGCAGAUGAUAACUUAUCCAAACUCGGACAGCAGCGAAGAGACCUACGAUCUUCCAAGAUACAGACUACAGCCAGACGGACUAGAGAUUCUUGGUUCUAGCGAGAAGUACGAGGAUUCGGGAGAAAAGGGACUGGCAAGCAGCGGAGAAGUAUACGUGAUCGAUCCCUCGACGUACAGAGGAGGAGAACCCGCUUUGCAGUUGUACAGACAGCCAUCGGGACUCAGGAACCCUGGAAAAUCGAGAAUUAUUAAUUUAUAUAAUAUUCAACGAGCUCGUCAGAACGCGUACAGCAAACGCAAAGCUAAAAUUGCGGACCCAGAGUCCUCGGAGAUCCGGGACGAGGAGGAGGACGCAGAAUUGGACGCAUUGAUCGAAUCUCUCAAUUCGCUAUCUGCUGCCAAGCUCUUUAGUAUUUUGUUCAAUAAGAACGAUAUUAACAAAGGAAAACAGAAUGUGCGGUCGAUCAAGGAAGAAACAACACCAGCGGGCGAGAUCGAGGAAAGUUUAGAGAGCGCGGAGGAUACGGAGAAGGGUGAGGUAUCCGAAGAACAAGUCUCCGAGGAAAGUCGACAAGGCGAACAGGAAGAUUUCUCUGGAAGCUCGGAGCUGGUGAAUAUUAGAAAUCGCAGGGACAUAUACGACCAGUCGCGUUUAACGCGAAAACAGCCUCGGGAGAUCAAGAAAACUAACAAGCACAACAACGCGCGCCUCGAGAAGUCUUCGCUAGAGAGUCCUGACGACAAUUCUGCGAGGAUCUUCAAGAACGAAUACGACAAGGCAGUUUCUGUCAAAGAACCAAGUUCUAGGAGAAGAAUUUCCUCGAAAGGCGUCAAGUUUCCAAGUCCGUCGAAACUGGCCGAGAUUUCGGAAGAACAUGAUGAUACGAUUGGUGCGACAAAUACUGAAGAGCUAGCUAAAGAUCCAAUUGAGGGAGCGAAAGACAAUUUGGACUUGCAGUCCAAUCAGUCCGGGUUUAUGGUGAUGCCUUGGACCAGGAGUUUGGUUAGACCGAAAAGAGAAGCCGUAGAUCAGGAGGCAGAGCAAGUACAGGUACAGCACACGGAAGCCACAACGACAGAGAUUCCAAGCAGCAGCGAAUCAGGCGAGGUCGAGGCCGCGAUGCCCAAGAAGAAGCCGCCGAAGAAGUAUUCCGUAGCGGGGAGUCUAUUCAAUUAUCUGACAGGGAAGAAGAAUCUACGGAAAGGUGGCAAAGAGGAUCUGCCAUCGUUCAUCGAGGCCAGCAUACCGAAAGUGGGGAUGGUCGUGGUCGACAGUUUGCAGAAAGCUCAGAACGUAACAGGCUCCGUCGAACAAUUGAUCGACGAUCUAGAGAAAAGAUUCGAGAGCACCACGAGCUCCGGAGAAAUGAUCGAUGACCAAUCGACUGGCAUGACUCGGCCCGCUUUCCAAUCCGCAAUCACGAACGUCAAGAAGUUCUUCAUGGUCCUCGCCGGUAUCGCGCACGCUUUACGAGGAUAAUUUAUUAAUUACUUGCGAUCUAUAUUACUGUUAAUCCCUUCCCUUGUAAUUUAAUUUCGUUCGAUACUUUAUAUGUACGAAACAAUUGAUGUUGCUUCAAGAUCGAUGUUAAAUUGUUAGGCGAGUUUGAGACGUCAUUAUAAGAUAUAUAUAAUAUUAAUAUAAUAAUAUAAUAAUAUAAUAUUAAUAUAUUACUAU